GGAUGCAGAAACAGUGAGCACACUCUGCUUGACGGCAGCGGGGCUGUCAGUGUCAGUGGAGCAGCCCAGUGGUGUCGAGCGGGAGGGAAAGCCCUCGCAUUUUACCAGCCUUCAGUGAGGACCGUCACUGCGACUCUCCACGCCGAAGGAAGCGCAUCUCCGCGGACCGACAGACACCCCCGACAGACAGGGCGAAGCUGCAGCACGGCUCCGCGUCCAGGGAGACAUGGCUGAUGGAAGUUUCAACGAGUCGUCCACCGCGGACGUAGCCAACAGGUUCGCCCGCAAAGGUGCGCUGAGGCAAAAAAACGUCCACGAAGUGAAGAACCACAAGUUCAUAGCCAGGUUCUUCAAGCAGCCGACUUUCUGCAGCCACUGCACCGACUUCAUCUGGGGGUUUGGAAAGCAAGGAUUUCAGUGCCAAGUUUGCUGUUUUGUUGUCCACAAGAGGUGCCAUGAAUUUGUCACGUUCUCCUGCCCCGGGGCGGAUAAGGGGCCUGACACUGACGAUCCCAGAACAAAGCACAAGUUCAAGAUCCACACGUAUGGCAGCCCCACUUUCUGCGACCACUGUGGCUCUCUGCUUUAUGGUCUCAUUCACCAGGGGAUGAAGUGUGACUCUUGCGACAUGAACGUUCACAACCAGUGCGUGAUGAACGUGCCCAGCUUGUGUGGAACGGAUCACACUGAGAGAAGGGGGCGUCUUUUCCUCAGGUGUGAGGUCAGUGGGGACAAGCUGAAGGUCUCAGUGGACGAAGGGAAGAACCUGAUCCCUAUGGACCCCAACGGCCUGUCUGAUCCAUACGUAAAGCUCAAGCUCAUCCCAGAUCCCAAAAACGAGACCAAGCAGAAGACCAAAACCAUCCGCUCCAACCUCAACCCCAGAUGGAACGAGCACUUCACCUUCAAGCUGAAGCCGUCAGAUAAGGACCGCAGGCUGUCCAUUGAGGUGUGGGACUGGGAUCGAACCACCAGGAACGACUUCAUGGGAGCUCUUUCAUUUGGAGUUUCCGAGCUCAUGAAGGCUCCAGCCUCUGGAUGGUUUAAGCUGUUGUGCCAGGAGGAGGGGGAGUACUACAAUGUUCCCAUAUCUGAAGAGGAUGAUGGCAAUGAGGAGCUGAGGCAGAAGUUUGAGGAUUGCCAAAUUAACUUUAAUAAGAAGAAAGCCAAACUAGGUCCGGGGAAGAAGGUGAUCAAUGAAUCGGAUGAGAACCGCUCCAGCCAGCUGCUGUCAAACAGCCUGAGCCAGGUCAAACUCAAUGACUUCUCCUUCCUGGCUGUGCUGGGCAAAGGCAGCUUUGGGAAGGUCAUGUUGGCCGAGAUGAAGACUACCGGAGAGCUGUACGCGGUGAAGAUCCUGAAAAAAGAUGUGGUGAUCCAGGACGAUGACGUCGAGUGUACGAUGGUGGAGAAGAGAGUCCUGGCCCAACAGGAAAAGCCACCCUUCCUGACGCAGCUGCACUCCUGCUUUCAGACUGUGGACCGACUUUACUUUGUCAUGGAGUAUGUAAAUGGAGGGGACCUCAUGUACCACAUUCAACAAGUGGGCAAGUUCAAAGAACCUCAGGCAGUAUUCUACGCAGCAGAGAUUGCUGUUGGUCUCUUUUUCCUGCACAGUAAAGGAAUCAUUUACAGGGAUUUGAAGUUGGACAACGUGAUGCUGGAUGCUGAGGGCCACAUUAAGAUUGCUGACUUCGGCAUGUGCAAAGAGAACAUGUCAGAAAAUGUGACAACCAGAACCUUCUGUGGAACCCCAGACUACAUAGCUCCAGAGAUCAUUGCAUAUCAGCCAUAUGGACGCUCCGUAGACUGGUGGGCAUAUGGAGUUCUGCUCUAUGAGAUGCUGGCUGGACAGCCUCCGUUUGAUGGAGAGGAUGAAGAUGAGUUGUUCCAGUCCAUUAUGGAGCACAAUGUGUCCUACCCAAAGGCCAUGUCCAAAGAAGCCAUCUCUAUCUGCAAAGGGCUGAUGACCAAACACCCCUCCAAGCGUCUGGGCUGCAGCCCCGAAGGAGAGAGGGACAUCAGGGAGCAUGCUUUCUUCAGGCGGAUCGACUGGGACCGCCUCCAGAACCGAGAGAUACAGCCGCCCUUCAAGCCUAAAGUGUGUGGAAAAGGAGCAGAAAACUUUGACAAGUUCUUCACACGCACCCAGCCUCAGCUCACCCCACCAGACGAGCUGGUCAUCGCCAACAUCGACCAAGCAGAGUUUGCAGGGUUCUCUUUCAUCAACCCCGAGUUUAUGCACCCCUCACUUGUCAACAGUGUAUGAGAGUGCCAUCAGCAAAACCUGCCCGACACCACCAACCAAUUCUUUAAUCUGGUUAACAUUUAAUGUUGCACGAUAGAUGCUAAUAUCUGUGUGAUUCAUCAACAAACAGAAACAAUUAGUCUGUAUGUUCUAUUAUAAUCUGAAUGGAUUAGUUGGAUUUUUGGUAACAAAAUGAUGAAUUCCAUUGAAGGAUUUUGUCUUUGGAAGCACUAAACAUGACAGUUUCAGGAUUUAUUAAUCAAAACCUCAAAUUUAAAAUAAUGUUUACAUUUCUCAGUGAAUAACAAUGCUGCCCAAAGACCCAACUGAUGAUCAACGCGUUCUAUACAUUACUCACAAUAAGUUAGGGAUAUUAUGAAGACCUUCAUUUCAACAUUCUGUGGGUACAAAAAGCUGAUUUUGCUACUUAGUCGUUCACACAAAACACAAAGCGUUUGAUGGACGAGCAGCUCCACCUGGACAUAGUUGGUAGUAGACAGUCAGGUGUUGCAGGUGAAUUUGGUCAGUCUUAAAGUGUCAUCAGCAGAUUUGAAUCAAGACCACUAAUACUGUCAGAGUUUGUAACAGAUCCAGGAGUGGAGACACGCCAGUGACGGAACGCAACCAUGACCAGUAUCUAAGGACCCUCAGACAUGGUUAGCAAACGCCACACAACUAGUUUACUAGAUGUGAGAGUUUAAAGACAAACCAUUUACAACAGCCUCCACCGCUUUGGCCUGAAUACCAGUUGCAGGUGACCCCAAGACAGUGCCAUGAACAUCUGUGUGACCUGGACAAUGCAGCAAUUGUCUACUGUCCUGUUAAGUCACCUUGCUCAGAAAGGAAAGUUGUUGGGAUUAGGCCAAGGUCAACAUGGCCACCAAUUCUAUCAGCAUACCUCAAACUUUCUGUUCAUGAUGAUGUUCCACCACUUGGUGCCAGAAUUGUCAGAGUUCAGCUUCAGGAAGUCUGAGCGCUUUAUACCAUAUGACAGGCAAUGACCUCUGACCUGAACCCCAUAGAGCAGGAGUGUCAAACUCAACCGCUCCGAGGGCCAAAAUCCGAAAAACACCUUAGGUCACGGGCCGAACAGGAUAAACAUUUAUUGAACACACUAAACCUGAAUUUGUAAAACUUUAAAAAUGUAACUUUUUUACUGAACUGAACCUCGGGGCGUGGCCUGUAGCAGUCCCCUAACCCUAGCCUGGUCUGUGUCCGGAACAGUACUGAUCCCUGUCCGGUACAGACUGUCCAGUACCGGGUUAAGGUUGGGAUUAGGACGGUGCGGUCCACAUCCCAGUACCAGUCUCAGUGUGGCCCGGAGGUUGGGGAGCUUUGAUUUAAUUGACUGUCAAAAAAUGACGAGUUGGGGACACCCAAAACGUACAUUUUUGACGCAGAAGGGUCCUUAACCAAAUGUCAAAAUGUGACGACUUGGGAAUGAGAAUGUGUUGUAGUGUGGUACCAGGGCAAGAUAACAUCGGGCCAUUGAUAACAAAAACAUAAAAUGAUCUGGCGGGUCCGAUAGAUUCACCCAGCAUCCCCCAAAGCCUUGACUUUGACAAAUGGGCCUUAGAGUAUCUCUGGGACCAGCUGAAGCAGAGACUGGAUGAGACCACCCACAAGUGACCCGGCAGAACUGGAGUCAAACUCAAGUCCUCCAGAGCUGGCCUCCUGCUGGUUUUCCAGAAAUCCUGAAUCAUUUACUGCUGAUUACCUGGAUCAGGUGUGUUUAGCCAUUAAGGAGCUUCAGUGGCCGGUUGAUUGGAAAACAUAUAGGACACCGGCCCUCGAGGCCUGACUUUGGACACCCUGGGUUAGAUCAUCGCUUUCAUAAUGCAAAUCGACAUGGUCAUGUUUAGUUAUUUGGGGCUAUCCUUAUUAUUGUUUUAAUUUUUUGGGCUUAUACAUAUCAAACUCAUAAAUAUGUUUUUUCUCAUUCGUUAUAUCAAAGGGAACUUUUAUGUAUUUGGUAAAAAAUCAGACCAAAUAGGAGAAAGUCUCAUAGUGUCCCUAACUUGUUGUGAGUAGUGUAAAUGUACAUAUCCUAAAGGAACAGAGCAGAAGUACAGGAAUGUAAACGCUAUAGCCAAAUAUUAAGGUCAACAGUUCUUUAUGAUUCAAUUAUUUCUCUAUCAUGUUUACACUUUUCUUCUGAUUUUAGUUUCCAGCCUGAAUUUUACUCUCCAGUUUCUUGCAUUUGUCGACUGCAGUAAGAGUUGAAUCAUGUGAGGAAAAGUUGGUUCUUUGGGAAUGUAAAGAGGAGGUACGAGAAGGCAGGAAAGCAUGGUUACAGGACGUGGAAGCAGUUUUUACCUUUAGCCAAUGGGGUUUUAACGGUUAUUUGUGUUAACCACUUCCUGGCCCGUACUGCAGCAUUACUUCACACAUCGAAGCUGCAAAGACGGUCUCCAUCAGUGGACAUGCCAGUGUGUUCACUGUCCAAUCUUUUCCUUUUCCCACUCUUUCUGAUUAUGUUUCUUUUCAUGCUUUAGUUUUUUUGUUUCCUCAACUCUUUUAAGUUCCUUUUUGGUUCAAAUGUUAGAAACUAUGUUUGUUUAUACUCUGUGUCCUUGUGAUAUUUUUCCAUUAGAUCAUAUUUUAGAGAAACAAAAAAGCCUGUAACUCCUUUGUAAAUACAUGUGAGUUAUUUUAAGAGGGAAAAGGAAGUUUUAUACCAAUAUAUGUAUGUGCUUUUCUUACAUUUAAUUAAAUCAGCCAACAUUUCACCAUCAAAAGCAUAAUCCAGCACUGACUACCUUUGGAACAGCUGGAUGACUUUCACUUAGGACUGGUAGAAAAAGUUGUUUAAAACCCAUUUUCUGUGUUCUUUUACUCUGAAUCGCCUGUUUCCUUUUUUUAUGAUGAUAUUCUUGUCUGUAGUUUUGGUUGACUGGAUGGAGCGUCCCUCUGUGUCGGCAUUAUGUUGGUAUUCAUGCAUGAGAUCAGUUGAAUGCUGUGAAGGAUGAAACUCCGGGACGUGAAAAUGUGACUGCCCCUUUUCAAGGCCAAGUCGUCUCACGGUGGAGGAAAAGUCCUGGUAGAUUUCCACAGAUUCCUGGUGACAGAAGUACAGGAUUUGAAACAAUAGAUUCUAAAAAUCCACUGUUUAGUUAAAUAUAGUUUUAACGUUAGGCAGCAUUAAUAAAGUAUGGUGCCAAGGAGCAAGAAAAAAAAGCCAGUUAAGUUUUCAGUCACUCAAUACUAUUUUCUCUCUUUUACGCUUUUGCUUUUUAGUUCAUUCUUGGCUUUAGAGAGUUCUUGUAAAAAUUAAGAGACAUAAUAUCCCAAGAAAACCCUGGUACCGGUAGCAACCAUUGAAUAGCGACCUUCGUGUGUGGAUGUUUGUCCAGCUGCUUCACUCCUUCGUCUGGUUUCCAAUCCUGUACAACAUUUAGCAUGUGCCAAACCUGGAGAACACCAGAACCCAACGAUAGCAGCCUUGCACUAACUGUAGUAACACGGAGGACUCCAGCAGCUCUUCUGCUGACCUCAUACAGCGACGUAUAGUCCGACGCUGCCAUUAGUUAUACCAGUCUACACUGUGUCAGUAAACCCAACAGUGCCAGUCAGUUUGAUCGUUUCCUUAGGUGUAUCUUUUAGUUAUGUGUCUCGCAGAUGCUCAGUUAGUCUGAGCCGGACUUCCUCUGUACGUACCUUCGCUCUGGCUUGAUAGUCUAGCUUCAUCCCUUUAACUGUUCUGGAGCGCUCAGGCGCAGGACGAUGACUUCUCUUCCCUUGUGUGCCUUCCCCAGCUUGUACAUACAGUAUGUACUGCACAAAUACUCUUCAAUAUCCAUCUACCAGCUGUGUUCUACUCCCAGUGUCUUCCAGGAUACACUUCUUUCAUUUUUCCUUAUUGAUCAAAUUGAAGGAAUUACAAAUGAACACAAUCAAAAUGUUUUCUUUGCCAGUAUGAACUUUUAGGAGUCUGAUUUUCCCUUUCUGUCCUUUAUAGCUGUGCGUCCGCCCCUCACUAAUGAACUUAUGAAUGCACCCACAGUUCAGAAACUGCUGGGGGAGGUGAAGGAUUAGUGUAAAUGAAUGUCAGAUUAAUUGGUGUUUGUUUAAAGUCUCCCUCCAGUGAGUCCACAUCUGUACUCCUAAUCUGUCAUAGUUUAUCUUAUCUUCUUCUGCACACCUGGUUCACAGGUGUCUGCAUGAGCCAAAUCAGACGAGUUGAAUAGCAAAACCAGAAAUGAUGGGAAAUAUUUGACUUUUUUCCUGACUUCUGUCCUCUUUGAAAUCAUUUCAAUGUUCAUAGCUAAGUCCUGUAAAGACACGUCUGAUAUUCUUCCAUGAAGUAGCACUCCUCCUUCCAGUCCUUUUUGUCCUGAUCCAUACCCCCCCCCCCCCUGUCUGUUGACUGUGCAGGUUCAGCAGGAAUGCCUUAUAACUGAACCCACGCAGCUCCAUAGCCACUCCCUGCUUGUUUGUGCUCGCCGCUCCGCUGUCCUUGUACAUUAAUUACUUACAGUAAACGUCAACAGAGACUUAAAAAAAGAAGGAACAUGAUGUAUUUUGCUGUACGUUUUAUUUUCUCUCCCGGCCUGAAACCUUUAAAACGAGUCUCAGCUACUUAACCUUGUAACUGAAUGUGUCAUUUGUACCUAAUGUAUGAUAAUGAAAUUAAAUAAAGGGCGAAAUGAGAUCCAUA